CGAGCUCCGGAAAGAAGCAGCGGGUAUGACGCUGAAGGAGGGAGCGCGCAUGUGGGGAUAAGGUUUGUUGAGCUGGUUACAUUCAUGGGGAAAGACAUGUAGACUUCGGAGAAAGGAAUGACGACGUAUAACAAGUCUGUGAUCGUUUGGGCUUUGGUUUUCUCAAUUCUUCCUUAACUCGCAAUGAAUGAAGUUCAGGUAAGAGCGGUUGGCACUGUUUCAGUCACUCGGCAACAUCUGUGUCUACAGUCUCAGCCAGUGUGAACGAGGACGUACCAUGCACCUGGAUAUACACUGCUUUUUUAGUCCCAGUUUUAUCUCUUUUACAUACUGAAAUCUUCAAAUCUGUUCUUUUUAUCUGCAAUCAUGAUUAAAAGUGAAAACAAAAGUGAACGGGCACUGAGAAGUGCAUCUCCUCACAGGAACGCUUAUAAAUCUGACUUCCAUUCCAUCAAAUGUUCAUUUGAUGGGAGCGCAUCAAUCAGCUCAACAUCUCCCUUCUCCAAUGGAGGCAGUGAGACCCGUGGCAGACCGUCAGGCAACAAAGUGAGCAAAAUAAAAAAUAUAUUCUUGCAAAUGGAUGGCAAACAGAAUCAAGACAGUCCCAAUGUCACCAAACCCACAUCACCCAAAUUUCCAUUGGAGUCCACUCCUUACAGAUCCAACCUGAGUAGUGUUUCCAGUCUAGAUUCAGCCUCCAUUGAGGCACGGAAAACGGAGGAUGUUUCCAUUGACAAGGCAGCACUGGCUGAGAAGUUCUCAAUGACCAGGAAGCUGUUUGAGAGUGGCCUUAAAGAGCAGUCUCCAACAGAGAGGUCUGCCUCUGUUAAAGUUAUCUGGCCUCAACCAUUUGAGAAACAAGACAGGAAAGUGUCAGUUACUGGAGAGAGAAAGGACAAACCUAAAGAGUUAGAGGGACAGGCAAAAGAAAGGGAGGAUGGGGAAAAAGGGAGACAUGAAAGUGAGACACCACCACAUAAGCUGAGUGUGUCCAUGAAUGCCGGGCCAAUAUCUAGACGUCUGGAGAGUUUUAUGUUGGACAGCGAUAGUGAGUCGCUGUCAGCUGCUCCCUCCACGGAAUCCCACAGUCCCAUUAGCCAUUCCCUGUCACCCUCUGCUGUUAGUGAUCAUUCAGAGCCCCCUUCAUCACCAGACAGCUGUAGCUCCCCUACCUCUUACUCACUAUGGACUGAUUCUCAAGCUGAAACGUGUUUGCCCAAGUUAAAUGGUUCAGAUUCACACAGUACCCCUUUGAAUGGAGUCUGCACAGAGAAGACAUUACAUAAUACUAGUUCCACAGCAAAAGAGCAUAUUAAUAAAUCUUCAGAAGAUACCGUCUCCUCAGACCCCACUCUUCUGUAUACAAGUGAAAAGAUCCACCACUUGUCUACAAGGAGUACCACUAGUCAUGAAUCUGUAGCAGAGGAUCCUGCACUUCAACAACAGGAGGUUGAAGGCAAUAACUCUGAGAAGGUUCCUGGUUUGUCCACGGUCAGAGCUGAGCUGGUGGUGGUGAAGACUGAAUCAUCCGAGAGUGAAGGCAAUGAGGAGGAACAUGUUGAGGAUGAUGUUUUUGAAGAAGCUGAAAAGGAUAACCAAUCCCCAAAUCAAAAUUCUGGAAGGGUGUUGACCGACAACGAAGAGCUCCAAUUAACAUUCCUUAGGAAAGAAUCAAAACAGAGCUUUAGGGAACAUGAGGAGGGAUGGAGGGCGUGUGAGGAAUCUGUACAGACUGGAAGAAAGGAAGACCAUAGAGGGGAGGGAAAGUUUCUUGAGGAUAACAUAAUGGAAAAAGAAGAUGAGGAGGAGGAGGAGGAGGAGGAAAAAUACAACGAGGAAGUACAACUAAAGACGCACCGAACUGAAGAGGAGACCGUACUGGAGACUGUUAUGAAGGAAAGUGAGCAGAAAGCUACAGAUGUUGAAGAUAAGGAACAGCAGGAUGAACAGAGGAAAGGAGAGGAUGAGGAAGAGAAUGAGGGAGUAGAGGAAGCUGCUGAAGCUAUAGAGGAGGACGAUGAUGAACGAGAGAUGGAAUAUGACGUCUUAGCAGUAAAAGAGAGGCAACCGCAAGAUGAUCAGUGCUUAAUGGGGAAAAGAUCUUUAAUUUGUGGAAUUGAGAAUGCAGCCUUUGUGGAUGACAAGGACAACAGGACCGAUUUAGAAUGUCAAGUGAAGGAGGAAUCCCAGGAAUUUGAGGAACUUCCAGGACUCUCUGAUGAGGAAGACCUCAGUCUAAAGAGAAAGAUCAAGUUCUCUACAGCACCAAUCAAGGUGUACUUUACCUUCUCUAAUGAAGAUUAUGAUCGCAGGAAUGAUGAUGUGGAUCCUGUGUCUGCAUCUGCUGAAUACGAGCUGGAAAAGAGGGUUGAAAAGAUGGAUGUUUUACCUAUAGACAUUCAAAAAGGUAAUGAUGGCCUGGGAAUCAGUAUCAUUGGCAUGGGGGUUGGGGCAGAUCAAGGACUAGAGAAGCUGGGCAUUUUUGUGAAAACCAUCACAGAGGGAGGUGCAGCUCACCGGGAUGGACGAAUUCAAGUCAAUGAUCAGAUUGUGGAGGUAGAUGGAAUCAGUCUGGUUGGUGUCACUCAAAUCUUUGCUGCCACCACUUUGAAGAACACCAAAGGUCUGGUCAAGUUUCUCAUUGGCCGGGAAAAACCAGGAGUGGAGAGCGAAGUGGCCCGUCUGAUUAGCGAAACUCUACAACAUGAGGCAAGCCCUGAAAACAAUGAGCCGAAAGAUGAAGACCAUUACGAACCCCAGAACCAUCAACUACAGGAUGAAAACCAGAACUCUCAAACCCAUGACCAAUAUCAGGAUCAACAGGAAAUUGAGCCACUAGCUGAAAAGAGUAUUGUGCAACAGGAUAAACAAAAAGAGACCGAAAAGGAGCAGGGUACGGAGGAUGCAUCCAAUGACUUGGCACAGGAAGUGUUUUCGCAACUGAGGAGCCAAGGCAUUGAUCUACCUGAAGAUAUCGAUCCUACUGAGCUAGAACAAAAAUUCAAAGAGCUGCAGAUAAAACACAGUGUCACAGUCACAGAACUUGAUCAGUUGAGAGAGAAGCUGCAAGUGAGUGAAGCAGAACGUAAGUCUUGGGAGACUCGAGGUGCAGCUCUUGAAAGGAGUGUGGAAGAGAGCAGAGAGCGCAUUGAAAAGUUGGAAAAAUACUGGCUUGAUGCUCAAGGCCUCUGCAAAACCAUCAACCAGCGUUUGAAUGAAGCCCAGAGUCAACAUGAUUCCCUGCAACUCAAAUACAAUAAGACCAUCACGCUUCUACAGGAGCACCAACAGAGAGAGGCUGAAUGUGCAAAGAAAGAGGCAGAGCUGAAGAGAAAACUGGAGCAAAGGGAGAGAGAAUACAAGAGCAGUGUGAAGCAAUUACAGCACAAGAUAGCUUGUCUGGAGGGCCGCACUGGAUCAGACCAGCCCGAAGAGUCUUGCAGCCCUGCAGGGGAGAGUCAACCUAGCAGUCCGACCUCUGGUUCAUCUGAAAGAAACGGACUGUCUACAGAUGACCUUCACUCUGAUGCAGACUGGGGAGAUGUUCCUCAGACUGCUCGUCUGGACUGCAGUGUCUACAGAGCCAAAGCUAAGCUGGCACAGGGAUCCCAACGCAAGCGGCCAUCCCGUAACAAACUCAGAGAGUCAGCGAGAGGCUCACAGGCACCUAGCCAAUCACAGGAAUCUGUGUGCAUACAAGACCACAAACAGGAGAGAACAAACAGUGAAAGAAGGCGAUCUUACCUCGAGAGCCUAGCCAUACCCAUUCCAUCUAUACAUUUUGGUCACGACCAAACACGUGAACCGAGAAGUGAAGGUGAAAGUGAUGUAUUUAUUCAGAGCCAGACACCCCAAGGAGGCAGCAGCACACAAGCUAGCCUGUCUCCACCUAAAGACUCCUCCACCCCCCAGUCCCCAUCCUCCUCACAGUCCUCCUCUAGUGUGUUCCUCAACCUGAGAAACAGGAGGAGCAAAGGCAAGGAGCGCAGCAAGAGCAGAGCGAGCAGAGAUGAAGAGAGUGAUGGUUCACCAACACGAAAGUCCAAAAGACGAUUCCCAGAUUUCAGUGGUAUCCGCAGGUCUGGAGGCAAAGGCAAAAAACGGGAUAGCAUCACACUCCAAGGAUCUGUAGGGAGCAGGGGAUCAGGAGACUUACUGGAUGAGUCCAGCGGCAAUGUCUCCCCCUCUGGCUCCAUCUCUUCCAUCCCUUCCUGUAUGCCAUUUUCCUGGUUUGGGGACAGAGAGAAAGGAAAAGAGAAAGAGCGAGAGAAAGAGCGUUCUGCAUCCAGCUGCAGCCUGCCUCGUACUCCUUCAGAAGGAUACAUGGAGGAUCGUACAAACACGACCAACCUCUCCUGGCCAUCUCUUCUCUCUCAUUCCUUAGAUUUGAGCUUAUCUGUGACGGAUGAUUCAAUCGCAGGUAGUCCUCGCACUGUGUUGGCAGGGUUACUGAAAGAGCCCCGUCUCCCGGGGCGUUCACACACACAUACCUUCUCCUGCGAGACACUUGAUGAUGGCCCUGCUCCAGCAGCAAAGGAAUACAUGUGGCAGAACCGCCCCCUUUCAGAGUGGACCAAUCAGCAGGUCUGCCACUGGUUGAUGGGCAUGAACAUGGAACAGUAUACAGCUGAGUUUACAGCUAAAGGUGUGGAUGGCCAACAUCUCUUAGGCAUGGACAGCAGUAAACUUAAGGAGCUUGGUGUUUCUAGCCAAAGAGAUCGCUCCACCAUUAAGAGGAGACUAAAAGACAUGAAGAAGGCUCAGGAAAAAUUCGAAAAGCAGCAAGUAAAAAAAGAGAAAGAAAGGGAAAGAGAGAAGGAGGCCAGGAAUAAAAGCGGCCAGCCAACAAACUUUGAAUCAGCCUGCUGAGGUAGUAACAAAACCUGUCCUGUCAAGAGACCGCAAAUGUGCACACUCACCAAUCCGAGUAAUGAUAAUGUGUGCUGAUAGAAAUGGAGUAGACUGUCUAGUACACACGGGUGAUUUAUAGACUGGUGAGAAAGAAACAACAUGGGUGAACACUAGAGGUCUUCUGCCAGUAAAGCCUGUAAAUGCAACUUUGAUAAGCUUGUCGUUUACAUCUCUUUUUGACACAACCCAGGAGUUAAAGAAUCUAUUCCUGUCUGCCACACUGACAUUCAACAUGCAUAAUAGCACUUUGAUAAAAUGGGAAAUUAUUAAUAAUCUAAUUAUCCAAAAGGAUGUUUUAUUGGCUUUAACUGAUUUGCUAAUGUAUUAUGAGUGUUGGUGCUGUACUAAAAAUGCUGUAAUCAAAAUUUUAAUGCUCUCCACCAGAGGGCACCAAUGUUAAAUAUCUGGCACUAAGUAAUGAUGGUGAGAUCGUGGGUCUCUUUCUUCAGAAUUAAAUGGCAAAUUAUCACGAGCCAAGCUGCUAGUGCACAAUUUGCACUUUAGCCAAAAGUCAACUAAUAAUCCACGUGUGGAUGUGUAAAAGUGAUGCACACACAUUCCCAGGGUUAGUAUAGCACACCAGGUAUGGGUUGCUUGCCUCUCCUAGCGUGCACUUUUAAGUGAGUACUUCAUCACCCUAGAUAGACUUCUUUUCUUUUUUUUUGGAAAGAAUCAUUUUUUUUAUGUCUACUGUACAUAACUCUUAGUAAUGUACAUUUUAUUGUAGAGGAGAGCAAUUAAUUGUCUUCUAUGUCACAAAUGAUGAUGAUUUUACAUGUGUAUUAAUAAAUAAAUAUUUUACAACUA